ACGUCCGGAGCCGGGCCGUGAUUCUGCGCAUUGUACUUCCGUCUCCCGACAUGGUGUGGUGGUGGUGUUGAUGUUUGCUGGGCGCUGAUGAGUGUGGGGACCACGACCACGCCGCUCAAACAAAACUGAUAGUUUAUUGGAGAAUGUUUUAACGGGAUUAUUCAAAAUGCAACCCAUGUAUGUGCUCUAUGAGCAUGCUGCGGGAUAUGCCUUGUUCUCUGUCAAGGAGUUCGAGGAGGUGGGGAUGCUCCUACCUCAAGUGGAAGCAUCGGUCACAGAUUUGAGCAGGUUCAAUGGUAUUGUGAAACUUGUUAGCUUCUCUGCAUUCAAGAAUGCCUUGGCUGCAUUGGAAAAUGUCAACGGAAUAUCUGAAGGUAUCAUGCAUGAGGAUCUGCAACUCUUUUUGCAGUCCAAUAUUCCAAAACCCAAGAAGGUAGUCCUUGGUGUUAGUGAGCCGAAGCUUGGAGCCAGCAUUAAUGAAGCUCUAGGCAUCAAUUGCACUCAUCUUGGUGCAGUUCCUGAAAUCAUCAGAGGUAUUCGGUUUCAUUUUCACAACUUGAUCAAAGGAUUUACUGCUAAAUCGUCAGGUGUUGCCCAGUUAGGUUUGGGUCACAGUUAUUCCAGAUCAAAAGUCAAGUUCAAUGUCCACAGAGUUGACAACAUGAUCAUCCAGAGUAUUGCCUUAUUAGACCAACUUGAUAAGGAUGUCAACACAUUUUCUAUGCGGAUACGCGAAUGGUAUUCCUACCACUUCCCAGAGCUUGUCAAAAUUGUCCCUGAGAAUUACUUGUAUGCAAAGGUUGCCAAAUUCAUUCAGAAUCGUAAGAACUUGUCAGAAGAAAGUCUUGAGGGUCUAGAAGAAAUUGUUAUGGAUAGCUCUAAAGCUCAGGCUAUCCUUGAUGCAUCAAGAUCUUCAAUGGGUAUGGACAUAUCUCCUGUGGAUCUGCUGAACAUUGAAAUGUUUGCUGGAAGAGUUGUAGCAUUAGCUGACUACAGGAAACAACUGGCUGGUUACUUAAGAUCCAAAAUGGAAGGUGUAGCACCAAACCUUGCAUCUCUCAUCGGAGAUCAGGUUGGUGCUAGGUUGAUUGCUCAUGCAGGCUCCCUCACAAAUCUUGCUAAAUAUCCAGCGUCAACUGUUCAAAUCCUUGGUGCUGAGAAGGCUCUAUUUAGAGCUUUGAAAACAAAAGGUAACACACCUAAAUAUGGCCUUUUGUUCCACUCUACAUUCAUUGGUAGAGCAGGUGCAAAGAACAAAGGUAGAAUAUCUCGAUACUUGGCUAACAAGUGUUCAAUUGCUUCAAGAAUUGAUUGUUUCUCUGAAAAUCCCACCCACAUAUUUGGUGACAAGCUGAAACAGCAAGUUGAGGAUCGUCUCAAGUUUUAUGAAACUGGCGAUAUUCCUAAGAAGAACAUUGAUGUUAUGAAGGAGGCCCUUGAGGAGGCACAGCAAGAGCAAGCUCAGGCUGAGCAAGCUACUUCAGAGAAAAAGAAGAAGAAGAAAGACAAGAAACGUAAACUGUCUGAGUCAGCCCCCGAGGAGGAAAAUGGUCACACAAAUGGUGAUCACAGUAUGAAUGGCGAUGACGAGGAGAAACCCAAGAAAAAGAAAAAGAAGAAGAAGACUAAGAGUGAAUCAGAAGAUUGAAUGUAGCUUUUGUUUCAUGUUUCUUUUAUUUUGGGACACCACACUCAGAUUACAUAUUUUUAAGUGAAAAAAUCAAUUUCAUUUCCCAACCCACUUCUAUUUCCUGUUAAAUCUUUCUUUUUUUCUACUGAGUUUAGAUUUAACUCAAAUUUAUUGUUUAUUUUUCAAUCAAGAGAUGUGAUUAUUUGUUGUCUGUUGAAUUGCAAUUUCAACCAUUUUAUAGCAGUGUUACAUAUGUACCUCUGUACCUGAAAGAUAACCCUAGUUUUGCACUGUUUCAUUUGAUAUGGUUGGAUGUGUGAAUGGAAUUAAAAGGGGUGUGUGAAA